AUGACUCAAAUUGUAAGAAUAGAGGCAGGUCCAUCUCUAAGCACUAGAGAAAUGUCUCGAGCCACCAGAGAUGCAUUAAUCAGUAUCCGGAAGAUGAUCCCACCUCUCCUUCCGAAAUUCUACAAAGGACAAAUGGGUAGUGUCGCAGUCAUAGGUGGAAGCCAAGACUAUACGGGAGCACCAUAUUUUUCUGCUAUGGCUUGCGCAAAAACGGGUGCAGAUCUGGUCCACGUAAUCUGCGAACCUCAAGCAGCACAAGUGAUUAAGACUUAUUCGCCCAAUCUCAUGAUUCACCCAUUAAUGCGGCAGUCUGAUCGUGCAAGUACUGAGGACUCAGCGCAAUCUAUUGCUUCAAAAAUUAUUGAAUUACUGCCACGCUUGCAUGUAUUGGUGAUAGGCCCUGGACUAGGCAGAGAUAAGCUGAUGCUUGAUACAUGUGUGUACGUCAUUGAAGCGGCAAAGAAACGAAACAUGCCGCUGGUAAUAGAUGCCGAUGGCUUGAGCUUAGCCCAGACUUACUCUAGCCUGUUUCAGAAUUACACGGAUUGCAUCAUGACCCCAAAUCUCCGAGAGUUUAGUCAUCUAUGUGAGAGCAAGAAUAUCAGUCCUUCGAGUUCCGAUGGCGGUGAAAGCGUGGAAAAACUAUCUCUGGCUUUUGGAGGGGUGACAAUCAUACAGAAAGGUAUGAAAGAUUAUAUUUCCAAUGGUAAAAAAACGAUGAUAAGUGACAUCGAGGGUGGCUUGAAACGAAGUGGCGGACAAGGUGAUGCCCUCACCGGGAGCUUGGCCACCUUCUUGUGCUGGAGGAAGGCAUACCUGGAUAACCUUUGGGUUCACGGCGGUGAUCUGAGUUCUUCGGACUUGCUUGCACUCGCUGCAUGUGGGGGCUCAGCUCUCACUCGAGAGUGCUCUCGCCUAGCUUACUUAAAAAAGGGUAGAAGCAUGCAGGCCAGCGACCUGUUGGAUGAGGUUUACGGUGCAUUUCAGGCUCUUUUUGAAGGUUCACUUGCAGACCUGAAGCCAUGGAGCUAG